CCUGUCUAAGCCACGACCCUUGGUGAUUGAUGAUGUCAAGCCUUAAUUGGCAAAAUGGAUCUGCCUAUUGAAGCUCCUCAAUGAUUAAGGCUGUUUGAGCAGUUGGAGAACUUUCUGUCAGUGUCAAGUGGCAACUGAUUUGCCUAAAAACGAAUUUGAAUAUUAAUUUCUUCUUAAGUUACUAUCCUACCACUAACCGGUCUAGCACCUGGCAAAUAUUAUGCGACAAGCAAAGGCACCCGAUUCGGCUGGACCAGCGUCCAGGUUGAACGAUCAACGAGAAGGGAGAGGCCGUGUGAGUGAGUUGCAUGUGUGCAUCGUGGAGUAACACCCACCACUGGAAAACCUCAAAUACAAUCUGAGGCUCCUUUGCUUUCUGAACCACUCCUGACUCCACGCGGCCUGUCAGUGUCAGACACACAAACACACUCUCUUUCUCUCGCCUCAAUGCUAAUGGCAACCGGCUCCAACUCUCUUACUACUCUGCCCUUGUCAAAACUAGAAUUUCCUCUUCCACUGUUCUCUGCUCGACGAACCAAGCUUUCCGCGUCACCCCUCCCUUCAAUUUCCAAUCUUUCACGCUUCAGGCCAAAUGGGUUCAUUGUAUACUCCCUUUCAGGUGACCAUUCCACCACAGGUGAUCAAAUUCUAGACAAGAGCAGCCCCAAGCCUCACGUUCAAAGCUGUACAUGGAAUUGGAGGGGCUACUCUAUCCGCUAUCAAUGUUCUGGGAGCUGUGGUCCUGCUUUGGUUUUAGUGCAUGGUUUUGGAGCAAACAGUAGUCAUUGGAGGAAAAAUAUUCCAGUACUUGCAAAAUCACAUAGGGUGUAUGCAAUUGAUCUUAUUGGUUAUGGAUACUCAGACAAACCAAAUCCUCGGGAGGUUGGGGACUCAUUCUAUACAUUUGAGACCUGGGCUUCCCAAUUGAAUGAUUUUUGUAGCAAUGUGGUUAAAGACAAAGCAUUCUUUAUAUGCAACUCUAUUGGAGGACUGGUUGGUCUUCAAGCAGCAGUCACAACGCCACAGAUCUGUAGGGGUAUACUCCUAUUAAAUAUAUCUCUGCGCAUGCUUCAUAUUACAAAACAGCCAUGGUUUGGAAGACCUUUCAUCACAUCAUUUCAGAGUUUGCUGAGGAAUACUGCAGUGGGCAAACUUUUCUUCAGAUCCGUUGCCACACCAGAAUCUGUUAGAAGCAUUCUCUGCCAGUGUUACCAUGACACCUCUCAAGUUACUGAAGAACUAGUUCAGAGUAUCCUGCAUCCAGGACUAGAGCCUGGAGCUGUUGAUGUUUUUCUUGAGUUCAUAUGCUACUCAGGUGGUCCCCUCCCUGAGGAAUUACUGCCACAGGUGAAGUGCCCUGUUUUGAUAGCAUGGGGUGACAAGGAUCCCUGGGAAAGAAUCGAGCUUGGAAGCGCCUAUGGGAAUUUUGAUUCCGUAGAAGACUUUAUCAUCCUUCGUGAUGUUGGCCACUGCCCUCAGGAUGAAGCUCCACAUCUUGUGAAUCCACUUGUUGAGUCAUUUGUGGCACGCCAUUAUAAAUCUCCAGCUAGUGCUUCAACAACCAUUUAAAUCCAUGGUGGAGCUUUUGUUGCUACUCCUAUAUCCAUCAUUGGCAUUCAUGAUAUUCCUUUGCAAAAGGUAACUGCCAAUGCCAAUCACACACUGUACAUAAUUCAAAAUAGCAUGCCUAAAAGCAACUAAAAAGGUUCUCCUCGUGACUGCCUUUUAUAUGUAGCAUUUUCUGGAGGCUGAAUGCUGAGAUUUGCAACAAUUGUUAAUUGCAUGCCGCCGUGUCAAUUCUUGCCACCGGUGUUGUUGCACAACUCAUAAGCAAUUAACAAUGUUAUAUAGCAGUAAGCCUAUAUAUUCCUUAGCUCAGAAGGGGGAUUUUGUUUUCUUUUAUUAUGUUAAUGUUUGUUGAUAUUUGACUGCUUUUUCAAGUGCUGAAAAGACCAAUUUAUCUACAUAGGCAAAGCAUGAAUCUGAAGAAACCAUGGCCCUGCAAUAUUUCAAUGUGUUCAAAUGGUGGCAGACAGUAUAUGUUUCGAAGAGCUAUACUACUUUGAUUGAUAAUCUUAUGUGCUUGAAUGUGUGAUUGGAAGCGAAAAAUCAUAGAAAUAAAGCUACCACGAUGGCCAAACUAAGAUGAGGUGAUGAUUGUGUGAUGUUCUAGCAGCGUCGAAGAUGGUAGGAUUCCAACUGGAAUGUUGAAUCUGUUCUAACAAUAGUGAAAACAGGAGUAAGAAACAUUUUCCGCUAAAAUCUGGAUUGGUCAUUGGUGCCUGAGACACAUCAAGCUCAAGCGGACCCCAACUUUUCUUGCAAUCUUAAAUUAUCGGAUGUUGACGUCUUAAGAGUGUUGAUUUUAGUCAUAAAUGAUGUUUUUUAACACGAUUGUAAUAAGGUUUAAAUAAAUUAUCAAUAAUAAUUUGAAUUUAAACUCUUAAAGUUUUCAUGAUUUAAGUUUAAAAAGUUAUUGUAUCAAUGAUACUUGGAUCAAGGUCGUUAUAAUUGUUAUCAAAAUAUG